AUGGCUGAGAUCUCGGACAAGUCCACAGAGAAGUCGCCGGACCAGGCUCCGAGUGUCGACUCUUCUCCCAUGCUGAACAACACGUCGAGUCAGAAGCCAUUAUGGCGAACCGUACUUAUGACUGUGGCUUUACUGACUGGCGUCUUCUUCGUGGCUCUUGAUGUCAAUAUUCUUGCUACCGCGACUCCAAAAAUCACAACUGAGUUCCACAGCCUCGACGACACAGCCUGGUAUGGUACCUCGUACAAUUUGGCGAAGCUGGCAACACAGCCAGCGUUCGGCCGCCUGUACACAUCUUUCUCCCUCAAAUGGACAUUUCUUUGGAGUGUUGUAGUAUUUGCUGUUGCUAUCAGCGCCGUCUGCCUCUUCUUCACGUACAUCUCCUUCCAGGAACCCAACAGAGAGACCGCGAAUGUUCCACUGAAAGCAAAGCUCGCAUCACUGGACCCUAUGGGCACAUGCCUCAUAUUAGCCUCCAUGACCUUGAGGCAGAAGGAAAGGGCGCUCGUUCCAAUCCGGAUUCUGACUCAUCGUACCGUCGGUUUCGGUUGCAUCUCAGGAGGAGCCGUCCUCAUGGCUAUCAACGUGUUGACCAUUUAUCUGCCAUUCUACUUCCAAGCUGCGAAGGGUGUAUCGCCAGCCACCUCCGGAUUGUACAUCCUUGCUCUAGGUAUCCCCAACUCCCUAGCGACAGUAGCUUGUGGUCUCGCGAUGACCUUGACAAAGUACUACAUCCCCUAUCUCAUGGCUGGCGCUGCAAUAUUAGCGGUCGGCUCCGGGCUCCUAUCAACUUUGGAUGUAAGCAGCAACGUGGGACAUAUCAUAGGCUAUCAGUUCAUAGCGAGUGUCGGCUUCGGGCUCAGUGUACAGGUGCCAUUGACGGCCAUGCAAAAUGUCCUGAACGAGGCCGACCUCCCGACCGGCAACUCUCUCUUCAUGUUCGCCCAGAGCCUAGGAACGGUGAUUGCGCUGCCCAUUGCCCAGGCUAUCUUCUUAGGCACACUGAGCGAUAGGCUUGACGCACGCGUGUCCGACGCUCAGGCCACUCAAAUCACGGACCUCGGGGCUUCUAGUGUGGAUGCCGACCACAUGGACGCUGACUUGGUGCCGUACGUCGCUGCAUCUUACAGUGAUGCGGUUGAGGCCGCAGUAUAUGUCUCUGUGGCUGCUGCAGCAGUAGCUUUCGUGACGGCGGGAUUGAUGGAGUGGAAGAAACUGGAGUACAAACAAAGACCUGAUGAGCACGAUGGGCAAUCUGACUCGGCUGAGAAGGCAACUGGACCUUCAGAGAGAGUCGAAACAAGUGCAAGCAUAGUCCAGGCGCCUGAAAAGUCUUAA